UUCAGUCAUUAGGUUUCCACCAGCCGAGCCACACACGCAGGCGCAGACACGCCCUCUCUCUCCUUCCUUUUAUGACUUAAUAAAAUUUUCUUCUCUCAACAAAAAAUAAAAAAAUCUAUCAGUCUCUUCUUGCUCGGCUUAGAUCCGGCUUAGUUAGAUCCACAGCCUUUCUUUCUUUCUUGAUCUCCCUCCCUCCAUUUUUCUCUCUCUAGACUCUCUCUCUCUCUCUUCCGCUCUGUAACACCUGUCUCUUUCAAAGUUUUUCUUCUUCAUCCACCAUAAAAAAAAACCCUCCAAAUCCCAGUGAUUAAUGAUUUUUCUUGUUAGAAUUGGAGAAUUUUUUGAGAGGAAGAGAUGGAUUUUGGGGUAAGAAAGAAGGAUCAAGUUAAGCUACAGGAAGUGUGAGUGGGAGAGCUGCUGCAAACCAAAUGGAGUGGACUGUAAAUAAUGCGUUCAAAACUUACAAAGCUGUUGCUUGUGGAGUAGAUAUGGAUCAUCCCAAAUCAAUGAUGGAUGUGGCACUCAUCCAAAAUGUCGAUCCAGUAGAUAUUGGACUGGGAUCUUCAGAAAAGGGAACUACUGUGGUUCCAACAAAAAGAAAGAAGACAAUGACUUCAGUCUAUCUUAAAUUUUUUGAGACUGCUCCUGACGGAAAGAGUCGGCGGUGCAAGUUUUGUGGACAAAGCUAUUCUAUUGCAACUGCCACGGGCAAUUUGGGGAGGCACCUGAGUAAUCGCCAUCCAGGAUAUGAUAAGUCCGGAGAUUCAGUCACUAGUUCAGCACCACAGCCCAUCACUGUGGUCAAGAAAGCUCAACAACAGGGGAAACAACAGAUGGAUUAUGAUCAUCUAAAUUGGUUGCUCGUUAAGUGGCUCAUCUUAGCUUCUCUUCCUCCUUCAACCUUGGAAGAAAAGUGGUUGGCAAACUCAUUUAAAUUUCUAAACCCAUCAAUACAACUCUGGCCAGGUGACCGGUACAAAGUAAAAAUCCGUGAAGUUUUCAGGAGCAUGCAGGAAGAUGUGAUGGCUACUUUGGAAAAGGUUUCGUCCAAGGUUUCAAUUAUUCUGGAUUUCUGGAGCUCCUAUGAGCAAAUAUUCUAUAUGAGCGUCACAUGUCAGUGGAUAGAUGAAAACUGGUCCUUCCAACAAGUCCUUCUUGACAUAUGUCAAAUACCUUACCCUUGUGGUGGUUCUGAGAUUUAUCAUUCCCUGGAAAAGGUUCUCAAGAUGUACAACAUAGAGAGUAGAGUCCUCUCAUGCACUCACGAUAACAGUCAGAAUGCUAUUCAUGCGUGCCAUACUCUGAAGGAGGAGUUAGAUGGUCAGAAACUGGGGAUGUUCUGCUAUAUUCCUUGUGCUGCUCGCACUUUGAACUUGAUUAUAGAAGAUGGAUUAAGAACCACAAAACCAGUAAUAUCUAAGGUCAGGGAGUUUGUGCUAGAGCUAAAUUCAUCAGCCAAGAUGUCAGAGGAUUUUAUUCAACUAACAGCAGCUUAUCAGGAGGGCAGUUGGAAAUUUCCACUUGAAACUUCAGCACGCUGGAGUGGUAAUUACCAGAUGCUUGAUAUUGUGUGCAAGGCUGGAAAGUCUAUGGAUGCCGUUAUGAGAAAGUACGAGGAGACAAUUGUUGGGAGGACGGUGCUGAGCCCUGCAGAAAAGAAUGCAGUUAGUAUCGUGCAUAAAUAUUUGGAACCCUUCUACAAAACCACAAACAACAUUUGCACAAACAAGUUACUCACCAUCGGGCUGGUUCUCUUCUUCAUGGAUCACAUCUCUGAGAUGAUUACCCUAUGCAAAGAUUCCCGUCUCAGCUCAGAUUGGCUAAAAAGUGCUGCUGAAGACAUGGCAACAAAGUCUAGGAGUUACACCACACAGGUUGGCAACAUAUUCAUCUUCAUGACAGCAAUUCUGGAUCCCCGAAUCAAAUGUGAGCUCAUCCCUGAGAGCCUCAGCUCAGGAAACUAUCUGGAGGAAGCCAGAACUCUAUUCAUAAGAAAUUACUCUAGCAGCCAUUUUUCAUCCAUGACAAGUGGGUAUGGUGCUCAAGAGAUUGAAGAUAGGGGGAGUGUUUCCUUUGCAGAGGAAAUUGCUAGGAAGAAGCGAAGAGUGAGCUUGAGCAAUGCAACCGACGAGCUUACUCAGUACCUGUCAGAGCCUCCCGCUCCAAUACCAACAGAUGUCCUGGAGUGGUGGAAGGUCAACAGCACGCGCUAUCCACGUCUUUCAGUGAUGGCCCGGGAUUUCUUGGCUGUGCAGCCGACCUCAGUGGCGCCUGAAGAUCUGUUUUGCAGUAAAGGUGAUGAAAUUGACAAGCAACGAUUUUGUAUGCCACAUGAUAGCACACAGGCGAUUCUUUGUAUCAGGUCAUGGAUGCAAGGAGGGAUCAAGUUGAAGUGCAAGUCAGAUGAGAUAGACUACGAGAGAUUGAUGGAAAUGGCAGGUGCUACAACAGCAGAAAUCACUGUUGGCCUGGACAAGAAACAAAGAUGAUAAAAGACACGUCGAUGAAUGAGAAUACAGGAUGUAAUUUUGGUGUAAUUUAGUUGAUGGAAGCAAAGUGCACUUGCUGCCUGUAGUUUAGGUUAUCUCCUGCAUAGUCCAUUUGUAAUUUAGUUGCCUCUUAACUCACGAGACGAACUGGACGCCCAGAAUUUUUUUAUAAACUCUGUUGUAUCUAUCAAUGCUAUGCAUGUGCGGUUCAGAA